AUGGUCAAAGAUCAAAGUAAAUCUCGAAAAUCAUCAAUUGAAGAAAAUAAAUCUAAUAUAAAUACAAGUAAUAAUGAUAAAUCAAAAACUCCCAAAAAUCAAGAAGAAAUAGAAGAAGACAAUGAAGAUGAUGAUGAAGACAAUGAAGAGGAUUCUUUAAUAAGACUUUCACAACAAGCACAGCGAAGAAAAUUAAGUCAACAAUCACGAGAUUUUCAUGAACCUGGAGUUUUAGUUGAUGAAUUUAGUGGUAGUGAAAAUGAAGAUCUACGAGAUAAUCUUGAACUUGAUAGUGGCUUAAUUGUUGAAGAAGAACAUAGUGAUGAUAACAGUCACGAUUCUGACGAUCAUGAUGAUGAAGAAGAAAAUGAAUAUAACGAUGAAGAUAACGAUGAAGAUAAUGAUGACAUACAUGAGCAUGAUGAGGAUGAGGACGAGGAAGCCAUUAAUGAAGAAGAAUUAGAAAUGAUUGAAACUGCUGAUUUUUUACGUCAUUUGAUGCAUGCAAGAAGAAGAACUGAUGUUAUAACAAAUUCAAAUGAAUCAAAUAGUGGAAAUAAUAAUGGUGAAGAAAGUCAAUCCAAUGACACAAAUAAUGGGAAUGAAAGUUCAACAAGAAAUCAUGAGGAAGGAGGUGAAGAUGAUAUGGAUGAAAUGGAAGAUUUCGAUCCAAAUGAUCCAAGAGCUGAGUUUUUAAGAGCAAUUGGUGCACUUCCUGGUGCUAGAGGAGAAGCUAAUGGUGGCGCUCCAGGAGCAAAUGGAGCAGGAUUUGUAGAUGUAAUGCAAAGAUUAAUGGGUGGAGGUGUCAUGUUUGGAGGAAAUUCUGGAGAUCAUGGAGAAAUUGAAGCAUUAAUUAAUAAUUUAGAACAAAAAGAUGAUACAUAUAUAGUUUUAGAAUCAUUAAAUGAAUUAUCAGAACGAUUAUUAAUGAUGAAUGGAUUAACAGCAGAAAGAUUAAUACCUGCCAAUAAAUUAGCAAGAAGUCUUGUUGGUAUAAUGGAAGAUCCAAAAUUAGAAGAUGAAUUAGAAUUACAUCUUGUUGCAUGUCGUUGUUUAUAUAAUUUUUUGGAAGUAAAUCAAGAUUUUAUUCAUGAUGCAUUAAAUAAUAAUGCUAUACCAGCAUUAUGUAAUAAAUUAUUAGAAAUUAAAUAUAUUGAUUUAACUGAACAAGCAUUACAAACUUUAGAAAUGAUUUCAAAAGAUACAAUAUCUCAUAAUAGUAUUAUUUCAAAUAAUGGUUUAACUGCAUGUUUACAAUAUCUUGAUUUUUUAACAGUUCAUGCUCAAAGAAAAUGUUUAAGUAUUGUAUCAAAUUCUUGUACUAAUAUAACAAUGAAUAAUUAUCCAAAAGUUAAAGAAGCUUUUAAUAGUAUUACUGAAGUUGUUAAAACUCAUAAUGAUCAAAAUGUUGUUGAAAAUGCUUGGAUUACUAUAUCAAGAAUUAUAACUUGUUUUAAAAAUAAACCAGAAUAUUUAAAUGAAAUUUUUACUGGAAAAGAAUUAUUUUUUAAAGAAUUAACAAAUGUUAUAUUGAUUAGUUGUAAUAAAUCUUCAAAUACUGGAUUAGAAUUAGAAAAAGUUUCUGUAUCUUAUGCAACAUGUUCAAGUUUAAUUGUAUCAUUAAUUAUUUUAAGUAGUGUUAGCAUUGAAGUUUCUAAAAUAUUAUUAAGUGAUUGUGAUAUAGGUUUAAUCAUUGUUAAAUCAUUAAAUAAAUUUGGUAGAUCUAAAAAGGAACAAACGUCUUCAACUAAUGACGGUUCUCACAUAAAUAUUGAAUCAUUAAUGGCUGCUCCCAAGGAAUUGAUUUUAUUAUUCAUAACAUUAAUUGGUAACCUUUUACCUAUACAUUAUUCGGCAUCUGAAUCAUUAUAUUUAAGUUCAAAAUUUGAAGAAUAUGAUGAAAGAAAAAAAAUCAAUAAAGAUAGAAUAGAAUUAUGUUCAAAUAUUAUACCUCAAGAUUAUAAAAAAUUUAUAAAUGAAAUUUGGUCAUUAUUAACUUUAAGUUUUCAAGCAACUAUGGAUUUUGAAAUUAGAAGAUCUGGAUUUGUUGAUAUUUAUAGAAUUAUUAAUUCAGUUGAUGAACAAGAUUUGAUUUCAUUAAAAGAUUCAGAUAAAGUAGCUGUGAUUUUAGCUUCUGUUGUGAAUCAAUAUCAACCAAUGUUAUUGAAGGAUUUACAAAAACAUUUUGAAGCAAGAAAUAAUGAUAAAAGGAUUAAAAAUGGUGGUGGUAGUAGUAGUAGUAGAGAUAGUGAAGUUUCUGAAGAUGUGGAUAUGUUAACGAGCGAUAUUGAUGAUGACAAUGACACUAAUGAUACACAUGAUAAUGAAAAGCAUAAUGAGGGUGAUGUGAAUAUGGAUGAUACUGAUGAAAGUGAUGAAAAUGAUAAUGACGUAAAUAUAGAUUAUGAAGGAGAGGAAUAUAAAGGGGUUGAUAGAUUUAGGGAAGAACAUGAACAUGAUGAUGAUGAAGAUGACGAAGACGAAGACGACGAUGAAGAUGAAGAAGAAUUUUAUUCUGCUAUUGAAGAUGGACCAAGGGAUUUAAACAAAAUAAAUUCUACGUUAUUGAUACUAAGUGCAUUAAAAAUUAUGAAUGUCUUAUUCAAGAAAGCACCUACAUUUUAUUUACAAGCUUUUGAAAGAGAAGGUUUAAUUAAUGAUGUCAAAACUAUUAUUCAGCAAUUCAAACCUCAUAAAAAAUCUCGUAAAAUUCAUUCAUCAUCAAAUUUUGAUUCUCCAAUGAGAUCAUCAUUUGGUAAUAAAUUCAUUGAUUUAGAAUUUUCAAAAGAUUAUGAAUAUAAAACUUCACUUAUAUCUACCUACUAUAAAAUUGAACAAACCGGUUUAGAUAUUGUUUCUAAAUAUAAAGAAAUCAAAUUAUCAGAACAAAAUGAUGUUUCUGAACAUAUGACUAUAUUACAAAAUAUUAAACAAGUUUUAUCUGAUCCAAGAGAAACAAAACUUUAUACAUAUGAUCAAUGGAUGGAAGUAUGGGAUAAAUUAAAAUAUGCAUUAAAUGGAGCUUCAAAUAAUUCUCAAGUUUCAAGUUUUGAAUUAAUUUCAUCUGGAUUAAUUGAUCUGUUAACUAAUUUAUUUACAUCGAAUGAUGUUGAUUUUAGUAUAGAAACAAAUUUAUCAUAUAGUACAUUUGUUGAUAGUUUUUUCCAAAAUGGAUUUAAUGAUGCUAAAUCAUUAAUUCAAAAAUUACUUGAAACUUUAACAAGAUCAGAAUCUUUUGAUAUUGUUUCAAUUGGUAAUAAUAAUAAUUCAAAUCAUUCUUCAAAUCAAAGUCAAACUACUUUAAUGGCUAAUCAAAUUAAAUUAAAAUUAACAGCAGAAGGUGAUAUGGGUGAUUUGAAUUUACCAACAAUUAUGAAAAAUAUGUCAUUAUCAGUUCAUGCUAUUGCAACUUUUAAAUCAAUAUUAUCUUAUUUAAAACAAAGAAUUAAUUUUAUGGAAACUAUGAGUAAUAUUGGAUUAAAUAAACAUGAAAAUAUUGAUGAAAAGAAAAAUAAUGAAUUUAAUAUUGAAUUUUUAAUUAAUGGAGAAGUCAUUCCUUUGGAAACAACUAUUUAUGGAGCAAUUUAUAGAUCAAUUCAAACUAAACCUGAUGAAGUUGUUGAACCAAGUAAAAUUUGGUCAUCUGUUCAUAAUGUUACAUUCAGAAAAGUUUGUAGUGAAGUUAGUCGGGAUAAUUUGCAUAAUAAUUAUAAUUUUAAUUUCAAUGAACAUGAAUUAGAUGUUUAUGAUAAAACAACAAUUAGUAUUUUAAAAUUAUUAAAAGUUUUAUUUAAAAUGAAUGUUUUCAUUGGUAGUACAGGUAGAAAAAAUAUACCAGUAAAAGAUUUUACAAAUUGGAAAUUAACAGUAAAAUUAAAUCGUCAAUUAGAAGAACCUUUAAUUGUUGCUAGUGGUACAUUACCAGGAUGGAGUAUUCAUUUAACAAAACAAUUUCCAUUUAUUUUCCCAUUAGAAACAAGAAUUUUUUUUUUACAAUCAACAUCAUUUGGUUAUUCAAGAUUAAUUCAUCAAUGGCAAUUAAGAAUUAAUCAAAAUUAUGAAAAUGAUCAUAAUAAUCGUACAAAUAAUAAUAAUCAUAAUUCAAAUAAUUCAAAUCAAAGACCUCAAUUAGGUAGACCAACGAGACAUAAAGUUAGAAUUACAAGAUCAAUGAUGUUACAAAGUGCAUUAAAAGUAUUAGGAAUUUAUGGAUCAACUCCAGGUAUAUUAGAAAUUGAAUAUUUUGAUGAAGUUGGGUCCGGAUUAGGUCCAACAUUAGAAUUUUAUUCAACUGUUUCAAAAGAAUUUUGUAGAAGUAAAUUACAAUUAUGGAGAAAUAAUGUUCAACCAAUAAUGUCUAUUAAAGAUGAGAAAAAACAUAAUGAUGAAGGAUAUGUUGAUAAUUCAAAUGGAUUAUUCCCACAACCAAUGGAUAGAGAACAACUUAGUAGUGAAAAUGGUAAAAAAAUAAUAUAUAUAUUUGCAUCAUUAGGAAAAUUUAUUGCAAGAGCAUUAUUAGAUUCAAGAAUUAUUGAUUUUAAUUUUAAUCCGAUUUUUUUAAAAUUAGUUCAAUUAUUAAAUUUAAAAUCUCCUCAUUCUCAUAUAAAUCAAAAAUUUAUAAAAAAAUUUACAACAAUAUCAAAUUUAAAAUUAGUUGAUCCUCAAUUAUCAAAAUCAUUAAAUCAUUUAAAUAAAUAUUUAAUUGAAUUUAAAUCAUAUAUGACUGAAGAAGAAUGUAAUUCUAUUGAAAUUGAUGGUGCUACUAUAAAAGAUUUAGGACUUUAUUUUGAAUUACCAGGAUAUCCAGAAUAUAAUUUAAUUAAUGGUGGAUCAAAUAUUCCAAUUACUGCAAAUAAUUUAGAAUUAUAUAUAAAUAAAGUACUUGAAGCUACAUUAUAUUCAGGUAUAAUUCAUCAAACAAAAGCAUUUAUGGAAGGAUUUUCAAAAGUAUUUCCAAUAAAUUCAUUAAUUAUAUUUUCACCAAAUGAAUUAGUUCAAUUAUUUGGUAGUAAUGAAGAAGAUUGGUCAAUUGAUACAUUAUCAUCUGCAAUAAUUGCAAAUCAUGGUUAUACAAGAGAAUCAAAAAUAAUAAAAGAUUUAAUUUCAAUCCUAGUUGAAUUCAAUGAUUUAGAAAAAAGAGAAUUUUUACAAUUUUUAACUGGGUCCCCCAAAUUACCUAUUGGUGGGUUUAAAGCAUUAAGACCAGAAUUAACAGUAGUUAGAAAAAGAGCAGAAGAUGGUUUAAAAGAUGAUGAUUAUUUACCAAGUGUUAUGACUUGUGCUAAUUAUUUAAAAAUUCCAAAUUAUUCAUCAAAAGAAAUUAUGAAAGAAAAAAUUUUACAAGCUGUAAAAGAAGGAGCUGGAGCUUUUUUACUUUCAUAG